AUGUCCAACGGCACCAGUAGCCAUACUCAGGGCCAAACGCAGUCCUAUCCCUGGACCACAACCCACCAGGGAAACACCUUCGUCCCGGGCAGGGAAAGUAGGCAGAGCAGGGCCAAUAGGGUCAACGCGAUGAUCCAGGCUGUCGACCUUCACUUCCCCAACCAAUACAUCGUCACAGCACAGCAGCAGAGCCACGAAGCCCAGGCCGGGGCCCAGGCCCAGGCCCAGGGUGGUGGUACUACGCAUAACAGAGCCGACACAGACCUGAAUGGUGUUGGUCAACAGUUUCAUGGCUCCAGCCACCGAUGA